AUGAACUCGUUACCAGGUGGCAGUGGUGCCGGCGGGCCUCCGGGCUACGAUGCCAAUGACCCCAACAUCAAGAGAAUGCAAGCCAUGAUGGAAUCCUGCUUCGGCAAGACCGUGAUAUCAGGAGUCAUGGGUUUCGGCAUGGGUGGUCUCUUUGGAAUGUUCAUGGCAUCAAUGUCCUACGAUACGCCGUACCACACGCCCGGCGCGACCGGCGGCCCGCCCAAGGAGUUGGCGUCGCUGCCGCUGCGCGACCAGCUCAAGACGGGCUUCAAGGACAUGGGCACGCGGUCCUACGGCAUGGCCAAGAACUUUGGCAAGGUCGGCGCCAUGUUCGCCGGCAUCGAGUGCGGCAUCGAGGGCUUCCGCGCCAAGAACGACCUGGCCAACGGCGUCGCCGCCGGGUGUCUGACGGGCGGCAUCCUGGCCCGCGGCGGCGGGCCCCUGGCCGUCGGCGGUGGCUGUGCCGCGUUUGCUGCCUUCAGCGCGGCCAUCGACGCGUACAUGCGAAGUCCUAGCGAUGAUUGA